UUUGCUUUUGUUUCUGUAUUUUUUUUUUCUUUAAUUCAUCCACUACAGUAUAGCCCAUACCACGUCGCACACUACUCAUAGUUGCUUCGAUAAGUCCACAUAAACAGAAAAAAAUAGACAAGAAACGAGUGUAUUAUAAUUAAAUUAAUUACAGGCUGUACUGCUCUAUUCACUUAUAAACAUACCGCAACUGAAUUGGAAGAUUUGAAUUUGUGGGCCCAUAUUGACUCAUAUAUCAUUGUUCUAUUGAUUGCUUGAUAUUUAUUGAAAUUUUUAAGAAUUCUGUUUUGCUGGUUCUUGCUAUUUAUUGUUAACGGUAGUGUUUAGUUUUGAACUGAAAGGGUAUCUGUUUUUAUCGUAUUAUCUGAAAGACUCCCUCCUUUUCGAAUCUUUAUUUUUAAUUUUCUUUUCAUUUUGAAUUGUAUUUCACUUGAUCUUCCAUUCAUCCUCUAUGUUUUAACUGAAUCUUGAUUUUUUUGGCUACUUUUGAAUAUUUAUGCUGGGUUGGGUUACCUUUUCGGCUUGUUAACGUUGUCAAUAUUUGUCGUAUAUUUUCUGGAUUUAUUUUUUUUUGAUCUUUCUCUUUCUUUUUUCUUUGUUUGAAGUCUGUCGACUCUUUUCGGGGUUCAUUACGAUCAGCAUAUAUGUACUUAUUAUGAAACCCUAUGUUGCAUACCCAGAUGCUUCUGUAAAACGAUAUCGAAUGACCCCUGUCCUUUCCAAUGUCCCUCCGAUUCCUCUGUUAGUGAAACAGCAACAAGAGCAGCCUCCCAAGCCUGUUAAACGAAGAACCAAGACUGGCUGUUUAACUUGUCGACGAAGAAGAAUUAAAUGUGACGAGACCAAACCACUUUGCGCCAACUGCUCUAAAUCAAAUCGAAAUUGUGAAGGCUACCCAAACCCUUCGACCACUCCUCAAACAGGUGAAAGCUUAUCUCCCGUCAAUGUAAAUAUAAAUGCGGCAUUACUUCCACAACAACAAUCAUCACCUAUAUUCAAUAUGAAUGCAGCACCUGCUACUUCUUGUCUUCCUUCCUCUGCAGAUACUGAUCCCGAUCUGAAUUCAUCACAUCAAGAUUUUAUGCCCAAUGAAUUGAAUCGUUCAUCGAGAACUCCGAAUACUAAUUCUUCUAUUCCGCCACCAAUGAAGCAGCAUCCUUCACUAUAUCCAUCUACUGUACAUCCGAAUCCUUUUCCUCCUGGUUAUUCUCAGGUUAAUCAACAAGUACAUCCUUCAGCUCCUAUGUGUUCUACAACAUCGAACCCUUAUAAUUAUGCUUCUGUAAAUUCUGCUCCUUCGACCGUUACGGGCUCGAGUCAACAUCCUUUGUCAUCCUUACGCUCUUCUGGUUCCAUUCCUCCUAAUUUACUUACCAUGCCCUUUCAACCUUUGGAAGUUUCUCCUUUCUAUUUUCAUUAUAUUAUACCAUCUAUUCGUGUAUUUGAGUUUGAAGAUGCCACUGCGCUUCAUUUUUGGUCGAAUACUGUACCCCAUUUAGCUGAAUCUAUUCCAUGUAUGAAUUACUCUUUGCUUGCUUUCACUGCAGCUAAGCGUUUGGAUAGUUAUAACGCUUAUAGUUGUAUUUUAAAAGCUUUACGUACUCCAAUUCCGAACCCGAAUUCCUUUGAAUCGUUACUUUCAUAUGCGUUUUUAGCUCUGACUUAUUUAAGUAUUCCAAACUGCGAUAUGUUGUUUGUCAAUAAUACUUUCAAGAAAUUGAGCUGUUUGUCUACUGUACGAUCAAAUUUCGUUAACAUUUUACUGGCAAUGGUGAUCCGUGAAACAGUACUUGCUCUGCUGCCGCGUCAAAACAUGUGGGGUUUUGACGGUUCCUCCAUAUCUGAAGCAUUUAGUUCUCGGAGUAACGUUUUGAUUUCAGACACUCUUUUUAGUGAAGGAAUAAAGAUAUUAUCAGAACCAUUGAUUCAUGGAAAUGUUCACUUAAAUCGCAUCAUUUCUUGGAGAGAUGAAUUCCACGUUCGUUUAUACUCCAGUUCAUCAACAAUAACCUUUCAAGUUUUAGAUUGCAUUGGUCAUGCUUUAACUAAAAACAGCAAUGAUUUGCUUGAAACUCUUCAACUUCUAGCACAAAAAGAUUGUAUUGAUUCCGCACUCACUUAUUCUAUUUAUCAAUGUGCUUUAUCAUUACAAAAUUGCUUUUCUCGUGGAAGCAAAGAAGCACAGAUGCUGUUUCAAAUUCAAAGUUAUUACAGCCGUCUUCUAUUCAACAGUUUUUUAGAGUGCUCCGAAUCUAAUGGUUCUGCAAUUAACGUUACUAAAUCUUUCGAUUCAAAUAUUUAUAAUAGCGAGAUUGAGCGUUAGGCAUUUGCUGAACUGUCAUUUUGUAUACCCUUAGAUGUUUUUUUUGACAAUUUGGUUGAAUGAACAACAAAUUUGAAUAAGCUAUCGUUUAUUUUUACUUACAA